AUGAGUACGGAUGCUGAGAUGGCCAUUUAUGGCAAGGCUGCCGUUUACCUCCGUAAGCCAGAGAAGGAAAGGAUUGAGGCUCAAAGCAAACCCUUUGAUGCAAAGAGUGCAUGCUAUGUGGCUGACGUUAAGGAGCUGUACUUAAAGGGAACGAUCAUCAAGAAAGACGCUGGCAAAGUCACCGUCAAAGUCCUUGACACGCAGGAGGAGAGGACAGUGAAGGAGGACGAUGUCUCUCCUAUGAAUCCUCCCAAGUUUGACAAAAUUGAGGACAUGGCCAUGAUGACCCACCUCAAUGAAGCCUCUGUGCUGUAUAACCUCAAAGAGCGUUAUGCAGCAUGGAUGAUCUACACCUACUCUGGGCUGUUCUGUGCAACUGUGAACCCCUACAAGUGGCUCCCAGUGUACGAUGCUGAGGUUGUGUCUGCUUACAGAGGCAAAAAGCGUAUGGAGGCUCCACCCCACAUCUUCUCUGUCUCUGACAACGCCUAUCAGUUCAUGCUCACUGAUAGGGAGAACCAGUCUGUCUUGAUCACUGGAGAAUCUGGUGCUGGAAAGACUGUGAACACCAAGCGUGUCAUUCAGUACUUUGCCACAAUCUCAGUGGGUGGAGACAAGAAGAAGGAGCAAGGAGCAGGAAAGAUUCAGGGGUCACUGGAAGAUCAGAUUAUUGCAGCCAAUCCCCUGCUGGAGGCCUAUGGUAAUGCCAAGACUGUGAGGAAUGACAACUCCUCUCGCUUUGGUAAAUUCAUCAGAAUCCAUUUUGCCACAAGUGGUAAACUGGCUAGUGCUGAUAUUGAGACAUAUCUGCUGGAGAAGUCCAGAGUGACAUUCCAGCUUCCUGAUGAGAGAGGCUACCAUAUCUUCUACCAGAUGAUGACUAACCACAAACCUGAGCUGAUUGAAAUGUCACUCAUCACCACCAACCCCUAUGACUUCCCCAUGUGCAGCCAAGGUCAGAUCACUGUGGCCAGCAUUGAUGACAAAGAGGAGCUGGUUGCCACUGAUACUGCUAUUGACAUUCUGGGCUUCAGUGGUGAGGAGAAGAUGAGCAUUUACAAGAUGACUGGUGCUGUGAUCCACCAUGGCAACAUGAAGUUCAAGCAGAAGCAACGUGAAGAGCAGGCAGAGCCAGAUGGCACAGAGGAUGCUGACAAGGUUGCCUACUUGCUGGGCCUGAACUCAGCUGACAUGUUGAAGGCUCUGUGCUACCCCAGAGUGAAGGUCGGAAAUGAGUAUGUGACCAAGGGACAGACUGUGCCACAGGUCCUGAACUCUGUGAGUGCCCUGGCAAAGUCCAUCUAUGAAAGGAUGUUCUUGUGGAUGGUCAUCCGCAUCAACCAAAUGCUGGACACCAAGCAACCAAGGCAAUUCUUCAUUGGUGUGCUGGACAUUGCUGGUUUUGAAAUCUUUGAUUUCAACAGCAUGGAGCAGUUGUGCAUCAACUUCACAAAUGAGAAACUGCAACAGUUCUUCAACCACCACAUGUUCGUCCUUGAGCAAGAAGAAUACAAAAAGGAGGGUAUUAUCUGGGAGUUCAUUGACUUCGGCAUGGACUUGGCUGCUUGCAUUGAACUUAUUGAAAAGCCAAUGGGCAUCUUCUCCAUCCUUGAAGAGGAGUGCAUGUUCCCCAAGGCUUCAGACACAACCUUCAAGAACAAGCUGUAUGACCAGCAUCUUGGUAAAAGCAAAGCAUUUGAGAAGCCCAAGCCUGCCAAAGGCAAGGCUGAGGCCCACUUCUCCCUGGUGCACUAUGCUGGAACUGUGGACUACAAUAUCUGUGGUUGGCUGGACAAGAACAAGGAUCCACUGAACGACUCUGUUGUGCAGCUGUACCAGAAGUCCUCAGUUAAACUGCUGGCUUUUCUGUAUCCCCCCGCUGCAGCUGAAGGUGCGACUGGCAAGAAGGGUGGCAAGAAGAAGGGUGGCUCCAUGCAGACUGUGUCUUCACAGUUCAGGGAGAACUUGGGCAAACUGAUGACCAAUCUCAGAAGCACCCAUCCCCACUUUGUGCGCUGCCUCAUUCCCAAUGAGUCAAAGACUCCAGGUCUUAUGGAGAAUUUCCUCGUCAUCCACCAGCUGAGGUGUAAUGGUGUGUUGGAGGGUAUCAGAAUCUGCAGAAAGGGUUUCCCCAGCAGAAUCCUCUAUGGUGACUUCAAGCAGAGGUACAAAGUACUGAAUGCCAGUGUCAUCCCUGAGGGCCAGUUUAUUGACAACAAGAAGGCCUCUGAGAAGCUGCUUGGGUCAAUUGAUGUUGAUCAUGACCAGUACAGAUUUGGACACACCAAGGUGUUCUUCAAAGCUGGUCUGCUGGGUACACUUGAGGAGAUGAGAGAUGAGAAACUGGCUGCUUUGGUCACCAUGACUCAGGCUCUUUGCCGUGGUUACGUCAUGAGGAAGGAGUUUGUGAAGAUGAUGGAGAGGAGGGAAGCCAUUUACACCAUCCAGUACAAUGUCCGUUCAUUCAUGAAUGUCAAACACUGGCCAUGGAUGAAGGUGUACUACAAGAUUAAGCCUCUUCUUAAGAGUGCUGAAACAGAGAAGGAGCUGUCCCAAAUGAAGGAGAACUAUGAAAAGAUGACAUCAGACCUGGCUGCUGCCUUGGCUAAGAAGAAGGAACUGGAGGAGAAGAUGGUGUCUCUUCUGCAGGAGAAGAAUGAUCUGCAGCUGCAAGUGGCAUCUGAAGCAGAGAAUCUGUCAGAUGCUGAGGAGAGAUGUGAGGGACUUAUCAAGAGUAAGAUCCAGCUGGAGGCAAAAGUCAAAGAGAUAACUGAGAGGCUGGAAGAUGAGGAGGAAAUAAAUGCUGAGCUAACUGCAAAGAAGAGGAAACUGGAGGAUGAAUGCUCUGAGCUCAAGAAGGAUAUUGAUGACCUGGAACUUACCUUGGCCAAAGUGGAGAAGGAGAAACAUGCCACUGAGAACAAGGUGAAGAACCUGACUGAGGAGAUGGCCUCUCAGGAUGAGAGCAUUGCUAAGCUGACAAAGGAGAAGAAAGCCUUCCAAGAGUCACAUCAGCAGACUCUUGAUGACCUGCAGGCUGAGGAGGACAAAGUCAACACUCUUACCAAGUCCAAGACCAAACUGGAGCAGCAAGUGGAUGAUCUUGAAGGUUCUCUGGAGCAAGAGAAGAAGAUCCGCAUGGACCUUGAGAGAGCCAAGAGGAAGCUUGAGGGUGAUCUCAAGCUAGCUCAGGAAUCUAUCAUGGAUCUUGAAAAUGACAAGCAGCAGUCUGACGAGAAAACCAAGAAAAAAGACUUUGAAAUCAGUCAGCUCCUUAGCAAGAUUGAGGAUGAGCAAUCCUUGGGUUCUCAGCUUCAGAAGAAAAUCAAAGAACUUCAGGCUCGUAUUGAAGAGCUGGAGGAAGAGAUUGAGGCUGAACGUGCUGCUCGCGCUAAGGUUGAGAAGCAGAGAGCUGACCUCUCCAGGGAACUUGAAGAGAUCAGUGAGAGACUUGAGGAGGCUGGUGGAGCCACUGCUGCCCAAAUUGAAAUGAACAAGAAGCGUGAAGCUGAAUUCCAGAAGCUACGUCGUGAUCUUGAGGAGUCUACCUUACAACAUGAGGCCACUGCUGCUGCUCUCCGCAAAAAGCAGGCAGACAGUGUUGCAGAGCUGGGAGAACAGAUUGACAAUCUGCAGCGUGUCAAGCAGAAGCUUGAGAAGGAGAAGAGUGAAUACAAGAUGGAGAUUGAUGACCUCUCCAGCAACCUGGAAGCUGUGGCUAAGUCAAAGGGAAAUCUGGAGAAGAUGUGCCGUACACUUGAAGAUCAGCUCAGUGAAAUUAAGUCCAAGAAUGAUGAAAAUGUCCGUCAGAUUAAUGACAUGAGUGCACAUAAGGCACGUCUGCAGACAGAAAAUGGUGAAUUUGGUCGUCAAAUUGAGGAGAAGGAAGCCCUUGUCUCCCAGCUGACCAGAGGCAAGCAGGCUUUCACCCAACAGAUUGAAGAGCUGAAGAGACAUAUUGAAGAGGAGGUUAAGGCAAAGAAUGCUCUUGCACACGGACUGCAAUCAGCUCGCCAUGACUGUGACCUUCUGAGGGAGCAGUUUGAGGAAGAGCAGGAAGCCAAGGCUGAGCUGCAACGUGGAAUGUCCAAGGCCAACAGUGAGGUGGCCCAGUGGAGGAGCAAAUAUGAGACCGACGCUAUCCAGCGCACUGAAGAGCUUGAGGAGGCCAAGAAAAAGCUGGCCCAGCGCCUUCAGGAGGCAGAAGAACAAAUUGAGGCUGUGAAUUCCAAGUGUGCCUCUCUGGAGAAGACCAAACAGAGACUCCACGGUGAAGUGGAGGAUCUCAUGAUUGAUGUGGAGAGAGCAAAUGCACUGGCUGCAAACCUUGACAAGAAGCAAAGGAACUUUGAUAAGGUUUUAGCAGAAUGGAAACAAAAGUAUGAGGAGGGUCAAGCAGAGCUUGAGGGAGCUCAAAAAGAAGCACGUUCUCUGGGCACUGAGCUGUUCAAGAUGAAGAACUCAUAUGAGGAAACUCUAGACCACCUGGAAACCAUGAAGCGCGAGAACAAGAACCUGCAACAGGAGAUUUCAGACCUGACUGAACAGAUUGGUGAGACCGGAAAAAGCAUCCAUGAGCUGGAAAAGGCCAAGAAGCAGGUGGAAACAGAGAAGACUGAAAUCCAGACAGCACUUGAAGAAGCUGAGGGAACCCUUGAACAUGAAGAAUCCAAGAUUUUGCGUGUCCAGCUGGAGCUCAACCAGGUUAAGGGUGAGGUUGACAGGAAGCUGGCAGAAAAAGAUGAGGAGAUGGAGCAGAUCAAGAGGAACAGCCAGAGGGUGACUGACUCCAUGCAGAGCACUCUUGACUCUGAGGUUAGGAGCAGGAAUGAUGCCCUGAGAAUCAAGAAGAAGAUGGAGGGAGACCUGAAUGAGAUGGAGAUCCAGCUGAGUCAUGCUAACCGCCAAGCUGCUGAGGCUCAAAAGCAGCUGAGGAAUGUCCAGGGACAACUCAAGGAUGCCCAGUUGCACCUUGAUGAUGCCGUCAGAGCCCAGGAUGACAUGAAGGAGCAGGUUGCCAUGGUGGAGCGUAGGAACGGUCUCAUGGUGGCUGAAAUUGAAGAGUUGAGGUCAGCUCUGGAACAGACAGAGAGAGGCCGCAAAGUGGCUGAGCAAGAGCUGGUAGAUGCUUGUGAGCGUGUUGGAUUGCUCCACUCUCAGAACACAAGCCUCCUGAAUACAAAGAAGAAGCUGGAGGCUGACCUGGUCCAAGUUCAAGGUGAAGUAGAUGACAGUGUACAGGAAGCAAGGAAUGCAGAGGAGAAGGCCAAGAAAGCCAUCACUGAUGCUGCAAUGAUGGCUGAGGAGUUGAAGAAAGAGCAGGACACCAGUGCUCACCUGGAGAGGAUGAAGAAGAACAUGGAGAUCACUGUCAAGGACCUGCAGCAUCGCCUGGAUGAGGCUGAGAAUCUUGCCAUGAAGGGUGGCAAGAAGCAGCUCCAGAAACUGGAGUCUAGGGUGCGUGAGCUGGAAACAGAAGUUGAGGCCGAGCAGAGACGUGGGGCAGAUGCUGUUAAGGGUGUCCGCAAAUAUGAGAGGAGAGUGAAGGAGCUUUCCUAUCAGACUGAGGAGGACAAGAAAAAUAUUACCAGACUACAGGAUCUGGUGGACAAGCUGCAGAUGAAGGUGAAGGCCUACAAGAGACAGGCUGAGGAAGCGGAGGAACAAGCCAACGUUCAUCUGUCCAAGUGCAGGAAGGUUCAACAUGAGUUGGAGGAGGCUGAGGAGCGUGCUGACAUUGCAGAGUCCCAAGUCAACAAGCUGAGAGCUAAGAGCCGAGAUUCUGGCAAGGGAAAAGAGGCAGCUGAAUAA